CGUAAUAAUAGUACAAUUAUAAGUGGCACUGUUCGAGUGUUCUCAAAAUUGCACAUUCAGCAAUUUAAUUUUGAAUAUAAAUCAUACUUCAUUACCAGCUGGCUACUCUAAAAAGAGUGCAAAUGCUGCCACUGCUCAUCGAUUAAUAUCGUCCACUGUGUCCAGUAACUUAUUACGGAGGCUGUAACAUAAACAGGAACAGGAUGCCAGAAACUGAACAACUGCCAGAAGGUUGGGAAAAACGCACCAGCCGCUCAACCGGGAUGAGCUACUAUCUCAACGUGCACACAAAGGAAUCCCAGUGGGACCAGCCAACUGAGCCGGCCAAGAAGGCCGGAGGCAGUGGCUCCUCUGGCGAUGGCUCCAGUGAAGUGCAGUGCCUUCAUUUGCUGGUAAAACACAAGGGCAGCCGUCGACCGAGCUCGUGGCGCGAGGAGAACAUCACUCGCACCAAGGAAGAGGCGCAAAUGCUGCUUGAGAUUUAUCGCAAUAAGAUUGUCAACAGAGAGGCUACAUUCGAGGAACUGGCGCGUUCCUACUCCGACUGCAGUUCGGCCAAACGUGGCGGCGACUUGGGUAAAUUCGGACGCGGUCAAAUGCAAGCGCCCUUUGAGAAGGCUGCUUUCGCACUGAAGGUAGGACAACUCUCGGACAUUGUGGACACGGAUUCCGGCCUGCACAUCAUAGUGCGCAAAUCGUAAAUUGAAUGGGAUGAUGACAUAGAUAUAGAGGGUAUUUUAGGGUCCAUUAGGACGCUAAGUUAAGCUCUCUGCAAACUAGUUUCGAAGCUAUAUAUAAUUUUUGAAGAGCAUAUGGAAAUCACUAUAUUUAAGACAUUGUAUGCUAUAAAUAUAAUUUUGAAUUUUGAUUGUAAAAAAAUAAUAGGGGCUCUUAAAAUUGUAAUUACCCAUGGAACUUGGGGUGCAUUUCUCCAAAAAUAUUGACACAAAUUGAAUUAGUAUUAUGUGAA